GCCCACAGUUCCAGUGGCUUCACAAUGGCAGUAUUACAAGGUCAGCUCGGAGGUUUCGCCUGGCUCAGCAAAGACCUGCAGGGCCGCGGGGCAUGCUGCUCAGCUGACAGGGCUCUUUGCUUGUUCACGGUGCUCUUUCUCGAAGGGGCCCCAGUGACAGCGCCAUUCACAAGCAUGGGCCAUAAAUGACCGAGGUGAACACCACAUUUAGCACUGCAUUCUCGAAAAUCAGCACCGGCUCUGGAGCACAGCCAACAUGCCAGGAACGAAAGGUAGGCUUGGGAAAAAGGGAGACACUUAACUGUGUGCCUGCAAAUAUUUUUAUUUAUUUUGGCUGCGGGGGAGCUGUAAAUUCAGUCCGUGUUGAAAAUGAAGUGUCUCAUUAAAAAUCUGGCAAAAGUGAUUGAAAGUUUCCACAAUUUUCAGGUAAUAAGUCGGACAAGAAGUCAGCUACCAAGGUAAGAAAAUUAUACAUGUAAACGUUAGUAUUUACUUCCCAAUGUGUGUAUUUUUAUUGCCUCACUUUAUAAAUGUUAACCUUCAUUUUACAGCAACCUCAGAGUCCUAAAGAACAGCCGAAGAAAGGUGAUCAGAAAGGAGAUGAUAACAAGAAGCAAGGAGGUAAACAUUUACAUCAACCUACUUUUAAGCGUAGUUGUUUAUUUAGUUAAAAAAACAUCUUUGUGUGGGGUUAAUAUAUGCCCUCGGUGCUUUGGGACACCAUUAGAGAUUCCCUCCUGCCCUGACACAGAGUGGAAAUGCGGUGCUGUGAUUGCCGUGUCCCCAGUGAAGCUAUCUGUCUGUGUUUCAUCCCCUCGCAGGACAGCCGAAGGGAGAGAAGCAAUAACUUCCAGGCGUUUGUGAAGAUGGCUUUGGAGACACUGCUGGGGUCCUGCCGUCGUAAACAUGGGGGCCCUCGGGGCAAACAGGACUGAGUGCAUCUCUCUGCAUUUACCCUCCCCCCUUGUGCCUGCAGACUGAGCUGUUGUGCGGCCAGUUCCAAUACAGCAUCUGCUCACCUCUCACAGAGGCAGAACGUGAACCUGCUGAUCUCCAUCCAUCACCAUCUGUUGUUCAACCUCUGGUCUAUUCCUCCCUUUUCAGACUGUUCUCUGUCCCCUGUCCCGGCUCUGGAUGCUCAGAAAAAGACUCCAGGUUAAAACAGACCAUGGCUUUUAGCUAAAAAAUAAAAGUUUGUCACCCCUUUCUGAUCCUUCCCUAACUCAUAGACAUAGCAUGAUAGACUGUCUAACAGUUCAUACAUUCUUCUUGUAAAUAAAAAUCAAAUAAAUACUAUUUCUUACAGCACUCAUGUCAAUCUGAUUUCUUUUUUCCUUCUCUGCCUUGUGCAUUUCUUUUGAUUCUUCCACC